CGCGGUAGCGGCAACCGGGGCGGGCCGGGCGAUGGCCCCGCACCAGCCCAGCGCCGGGCAGUACCUGCGCUCCGACAGCGGCGGCUCGGAAGCCCGUAUGCUGGCGGACGGCGCCGGUAGCCCCGGCGGGGAGCGGGGGGCGGGGAGGCGGCGGCGACGGUGGGGGCCGUUGUGGGGCAGCGUGGCCGUCAUGGCCAUCCUCGCCCUGCAGAUCGCCUCCACCACCGGCCUCUUCGUCUACUUCACCAUGGCCAUCUCCAAGCUCAAAGCCCAGGCACCGGGGAGCAUGGAGGAGCUGCGGUGUCUGCAGGUUAUCAAUCAGCAGCAGGAGGGCUCCAGCCUGGAGGAGGUGAUCAGCAACCAGUCCUGCCUCAAACUGGCCAACACCAUCAAAGCCUACGUGGCCACGGUGACGGAGAACGUUAUCCGCAGGAGCGCGGUGAAGGAGGCCCGGCGGAGCUACUUCAACACCUCAGAGGGGCAGGUUCCUCCCAAAAUGGCUGGCAAGCCCUCGGCACAUCUCACCCUCCGCCCACAAAGCCUGGCCCAGGAUGGAAACUCCAAGCGCUUCGGGAACCUCUCCCAGUCCUGCCGCCAUGCCAUCGCCCGCUGGGAAGACAGCACCAUCCACUCGCACUUGCAGAACAUCACCUACCGGGAUGGCCGGCUGCGGGUCAACCAGGCAGGCAAGUACUACGUCUACUCCCAGAUCUAUUUCCGCUACCCCAGCGACGGGGCCAGCGCCCGAGUCUCCGUCCCCCAGCUCGUGCAGUGCAUCAACUGGAAGACGUCCUACAGCCAGCCCAUCCUCCUCCUCAAAGGGGUUGGCACCAAGUGCUGGGCACCGGAGGCAGACUACGGGCUCCACGCUCUCUACCAGGGGGGACUGUUCGAGCUGAAGGCUGGCGACGAGCUCUUUGUCUCCGUCUCCUCCUUGGCCAUCGACUACAACGACGCGGCAGCCAGCUACUUCGGGGCCUUUCGGCUCGACCUGUGACAGCCACCUCCGCCUCCCACCUUUCCUGCUGCUCCUGCCCAUCGGCUCUCCGGGGGCAGCCGCUAUUCGAACUGGACAACAGACGAAUGGGGGGAGGGGGGGGGGGGGGGGUCUGGCGCAGGGUCCUUCCCUGCCUGCGUUGUCCCUUGCGGCGAGAGACGAGCCAGAGGAGGGCACGGGGAGGGGGGCAGCUGCCUGCAGGGACCCGCUGUGCUCGGUGCCGCACAGGGGCUCGCUGUCCAGCCGGGAGGAAGCCCGUGAGCCAGGAAGGGUCUCCGAGGGCCCACAGGAGACAUGGACGAGGGGGGACAUCCCAUCCCUGGUGGCACAUCACCUGCCUGGCUCCCACCUGAGCAAACAGAGCAGGUAGCACCAAACGGUUCCCUGCUGCAGGAGAGACACCGGUUGUGCACAACCACGAAAGAAAGCGUCCCCGUGGCAGGGUGACCCUCUGCGAGUCCGACCCCACGUCUGGCAGGGGCAGACCCAGCCAAGCUGCGGGUGCUGGGGGACCCCGAGCUGGAGGCGCAGGGACAGAAGCCGGGGCUAGCGGAGAGCAGCGGCCCGGCGAGCGCAGGGCUGGAACCCCUGGGGCAAAGCGCCAGGGGACAGUCUGCAGGUACGAGGCAGGUCCAGCAUCAGCUUCUGGAAAGGAGCGAAGGAGUUUUCAGUUCGGGCUAAUUAGAAACCUGGAGCGAUGCCAACAAUCAGGGGUGAUCAAAGAGCAGGGCCACGAAGCUGGAGCAGUCACCAGCCCAAGCAACUGCACCCAGGCACGUGGCAGAGAGGCGCAUUUUGCCCAAGCCGAGCUGCACAGGACCAUCCGGCCCAGGAGCUUGCCAUCACACCUCCCCUUUGCUUCUGACCAAGCAUCUCUCUCUUCGGGGUUUUUGGUCCUCCCAGCCCUGUUGGGCCAGCACAGCCACCUGCUCGCUCACAUCUUUAGCCCCAGUGAUCAUUAACCUGCAGGAUUUCAACUCAUGGGUGAGCCCCAGCGGUCGCAGCGCAGGACCGGGGAGGAACAAGCCCCACCGCUCGGCG